AUGGUCUCGGUGCUGAGGAAACUGUCGACUGAGCUGGGCUUUGCGCACCUGAAGGCUGCUCACUCGCCGAAGGAUGUCGCACUGCUCAUCGUCUCGCGCUUCAUACGGAUGGUCGGAUUCGGCGCGAUCGCACCAAUCCUCGUCCUCUACCUCACGGCACUCGGCUUUUCCGACCCGAACGUCGGACUCUUCCUCUCUUUGACACUUUUCGGCGACGUCGCACUUGCCUUGUCGAUUAGCUGGAUCGCAGACAGCGUCGGGAGGAGGAGGGUGUUGGCGGUCGGGUCGGCCAUGAUGGCGGCGAGCGGCGUGCGUACACGUCCCCCUCGCUCUCUCGGGACGCUUUAUCGUGCUCCUCCUUGCCGCCACCUUCGGAGUGAUCUCGCCGUGCGCUCCGCUUUCUCGUUUCUGCUCACCGUCUCCACAAGCGUCGUAGCCAACGCUGACAAUACGGUCAUGACUCUCAGGUCAGGCAACGAGGUUGGACCCUUCUCGUCUGUCGAGGUCGGCAUGCUCAGCCAGCUCGUUCAGCCCGAACACCGGAUCUACGUUUUGAUGCACUACCAGAUCCUCGGCUUCGUCGGUCUCGCACUCGGCUCGCUGGUUUCGGGAGCGGUCAUCUCGCACCUCGAAAAGGGCGCCUCGUCACACGAGGCCUACCGAUUCGUCUUCCUCGCGUACGGAUGCAUCGGACUCGUCAAAGUCGCCCUCAGCCUGUUCAUGACGCCCUACACCGAGCUCGACCACCCGCAGUUCCCUCAGCGAUUGGUCGACUCGCCUGAGACGUCGGAGGACGAGGAGACGGACGUCGAGGAGGAGCGGACAAGCGACGAAAGGCAGCCGCUCAUCGCGAAGCGUCCGCUGAUCGACAGGACGGCGAGCUCGACGCCUCAAGCCGUCACGACGUCGACGAAGCUCACGCUCGGUGACCUCGACAACGGCGAAGAAUCGGCCCUCCCUCUCCUCAGCCUCGUCUUCAUCGUCCUCCUCUUCUCCGUCGACAGCUUCGCCUCAUCGCUGACUCCUGCGUCGUACGUCUCGCUCUACUUCAAGUCGGAGUACGGCGCGUCGAUCCGCACCAUCACGACCGUCCUCGCUUCGUCUGCCCUCGGAGCCGUCGUCACCUCGCUCCUCACCGGCGCCAUUUCGAAGCGCAUCGGUCUCGUCCUCACGAUGGUGACGACGCACAUUCCUGCGCAAAUCCUGACGGGCGCCAUGGCAUUCGCUCCGACCCUCCCUAUCGUUAUCUCCCUCUAUAUCGCUCGCACCUGCAUCAGCUCGAUGGACUCGAGCAUCAGGGGAGCCUUGCUGUCGGCCAUGGUCCCCAAGCACGCUCGCACCCGCCUCCUCGGCAUCUCCGACGUCGCGCGUACGCUGGCCGCCGCGCCUGGCCCGUUCGUCACCGGCCGCCUCGUCGAGAUUGGCCGCCUGCGAUGGGUCUUUGUCAUCAGCGGAGCCAUCAAGAUCAGCUACGACCUCGCCCUCCUCGGUGGCUUCCGCCAGACCAAGCUGCAGCACUGA